CAGAGGAGGAGGCGGAGGUGGCGGUGGCGGAGGAGGAGGAGGAGGCGAAGGCGAAGGCGAAGGCGAAGGCGGCGACGGAGGGCGAGGAGGAGGAGGGACUCGUCUUUUCUCCGCCUCGCGCCUGGCGGGUGGACUCGCCGUCUUCCGAGGCCGCCUCGCCGUGGCACCCGGGCUCCCCCUUCUCGGCCGCCGCCUCGCCGCCCGCGCCGGUUGCCGCCUCGCCCGAGGUCCGCCCGACGACCCGCACGCUGCUCGCCCAGCUCGGGCACGAGGCGCUGGUGCAGCUCUCGUGUGAGCCUGUCUCGCCAAGCGGCGCCGCGCAGGCCCGCGCCGCCAUGCUCGACACCGGCGCCUUGCCCACCGAGCCGCCGCCGCCGCCGCCGCCGCUAGACGUCGCCGCGGCAGAGGCGGCUUGGGCUGCGGGCGCCUUGCCGGCCGAGCCGCCGCCGCCUCCCUCGUUUGGCACGCCGGACAAGCCGCAGCCGCCGCUUGUGGCCGCGCCCAACUCGCGCCUCGACGACGAGCUCGCGCCCUCGCCCGCCUCGCCGCUGCCGCCCUCGCCCGCCUCGCCGCUGACGCCGUCUCCCGACACGGGGGCGGUGAUGAAGGCGGUCGCGAGGGUGCGCUCUGCCACAGAGUCGGCGAUGACGGCGCGGGAGGUGCACGAGGCCAUCGCGGCCGGCGGCGGGUCCACCGCCGCCGCCGGGCUCGCAAAGGUGCGAAAGGCGUCCUCCAAGCUCGCGCGGCUGCGCCGCCGCGGCGGCGACGUCUCGCCAGACCCGCCUGCCCGUCUGCGCGCGCCGCCCGCCGUGCCCGCCGUGCCUGCCGCGUCGGGGCCGCCGCGCGGCGCAGGCGCCGUCGCCGUCCUCUUCGUCGUCCUCGCCCUCAUCCUCAGCGGGGGCCUCGCCCCGCCGCCGCCGCGCUGCUUCUCGCGCCGCUGCUUCAACAACUCCGCUGCCCGGCCCUCCGCCGCGUCCGCCGCCGCGUCUGCCGCCGCCGCGUCCGCCGCCGCCGCCGAGGUCGUCGGCGCCGCGGCGCACGACGCGCGCCACGCACGCGCCGCGCUGCUCGCCGCGACGGCGUGGUCGGCGCCGGCAACGAGGAUGGCGGAGGCGUUGCGCGGCGGCGCGGCGGCGUCGGCUCGUGGCUUCGUGGCUGGUGGCUUCGCGGAGUCGGAGACGACGGCUGGCGGGGCGGGGCGGGGCGGGGCGGGGUGGUGGGGCAACGUGCCGGCGCUCGCGUUCCUGCUGCUAACGUGAGCGGGAGGGCGACGAGGGGAGGGGCUUGGGGGGGUCUUCGGAGAGGCAAACCGCCGAUGCCGUCUGCAGGGCAAGGGGGGGGGGGGGGGGGG